AUGUCAUCGCUGGACGCUAUCCUGGCAGGCAAAUACCCUGCCAAAGCUCAUGCACGCAGAGUCGCAGGGUACCUGCAAGAACGAGGUCAUGGUGGUUCUGGUGUCAUCUACUUGGAAGCGCAAAAGACUCGCCUUAUUGAAGACAACGAUGAAGCAAUGCCAUUCAGACAACGUCGUUUCUUCUACUACCUUUCCGGGUGCUUAUUGCCAGACUCACGCUUGACAUACGACAUCAAAUCCGACAAAUUGACUUUAUACAUCCCUCCCAUCGAUCCUGAUGAGGUAAUUUGGUCUGGCCUUCCGUUGUCUCCUGCCCAGGCGCAAAAGCAAUACGAUGUUGACCGUGUACUCUCGACAACUGAGGUCAAUACUACUCUUGCCUCAAUUGCCUCGGCUCACAAUGGCAAGGCGGUUGCAUUUGCGAUUGCAGACCAGAUAUCGGACGAUAUAAAGUUCCAAAACUUUGCUGAAACAAAUUUAUCCGCGCUGAAAGCCGCGAUUGAGCUCACUCGCAUUAUCAAGGAUGGAUAUGAAAUUGCUCUCUUGAAGAAAGCGAAUGAUAUUUCUGCCAAGGCUCAUAUCGCUGCCAUCGAAGCGUCGAAGACAGCAACCAACGAGCUUGAGAUUUAUGGCGCUUUUAUUGCAACAUGCAUCGCCAAUGGCUGUACUGAGCAGUCCUAUCACCCCAUUGUUGCAUGUGGCGAGAACGGUGCUACCCUUCACUACCAAAAGAAUAACGACAACCUUGUGGACUCCGUCACCAAGCAACGGAAGAACAAUGUACUCAUCGAUGCUGGCGGCGAAUACCGCGCAUACUGUGCCGAUAUUACUCGCGUCUUCCCUUUGUCAGGGAAAUUUGCGCCUGAGACACGCCAGGUAUAUGAGAUUGUUUUGCAAAUGCAAUCUGAAUGUAUCGCAGAACUGAAAGAUGGCGUCCAGUGGGAAGACAUCCAUGCACUGGCACACCGCAUUGCGAUAAAAGGCCUGCUAAAGCUGGGCAUUCUUCGAGGAUCCGAGGAUGAAUUGUUCGAAAAACGAGUUAGCGUGGCAUUCUUCCCGCAUGGCCUCGGGCAUUAUCUUGGAAUGGACACUCACGAUACGGGCGGAAACCCCAACUACGAUGAUAAAGACCCCAUGUUCAGGUAUCUUCGUGUGAGAGGCAAUUUGCCUGCGGGAUCUGUUAUCACAGUAGAACCGGGGAUUUAUUUCUGCCGAUUUAUCAUCGAACCUUUCAUCCACUCUCCUGAACUCAAACAUUACAUCGAUACCGAGGUAUUGGAACGCUAUUGGAGGGUCGGUGGGGUACGCAUCGAAGACAAUAUUCACAUCACCAGAGACGGUUACGAGAAUCUGACCACGGCACCGAAAGCUAUCGAGGAAGUGGAAAAGUUGGCUUUGUAA